AUGUAUUAUUUUAUCGUCUCUUUGGCAGUGUACAUGCUCCAAGAAUGCGACAAAGUCGUGACGUCAUCAGUAGGUGGCAGGAUUUAUUCUCAGUUGUCCAGCAAGUAUACCAAUAAUGUUGAUUGCAUUUUGACACUGUGGUCCCCGGAACCAUGGCAACGAAUCUCAAUAGAAUUCGACGACGUGAAUUUCGAAUACGAUGACCGUGGCAAAUGUGUUGACUUCAUCAACGUAUACGAUGGUGGUUCUAUCAACGGGCAACUUAUGCAGCAAAUAUGCGGACGCAAUUUCGAAAGGCUGGACUACGAAAGCAGCGAUAACAUUCUGACGUUGCGUUUAGUUACCAAUAGCAAUCGGGUGAAUGUGGGGUUCUCUGCAGUGUUUACAACAUUCAGCAAUGGAACAACGUAUUCUUGCAAUGUUACGCAUGCGUACAACUGCAUGAAUGGACGCUGUAUACCACCGAGUCUGCAGUGCAAUGGAGAUAAUAAUUGCGGGAAUAACAACGACGAAUUCAAUUGUUCAGGUGAAGAUUAUGAUUAUGAUGAUAACCAUGAUAAUGAUGAUGAUGAUGAUGAUGAUGAUGAUAACGAUUGUGAUAAUACUAAUAUUGCCGUUAAAGAGUAUAAUCUUGCCACUGCUGAGAUUGUCGCAAUUAUUUGUGGUGGGUUUAUUGGCAUGGUGAUCAUUACAGUAGUCGUCUUUUUUGUACGUGACAAGAACCGAAAGAAAUCUGGUAACACCACGCAUGCGCACUCCGAUCUAUCCCUCCAGCCAGCAAUCGAGCUCGGCCAACCAACUCAACGAGGAACAGUACCACCCGCUUACAGCGCCCUCUAUCUGAACAGAGACCAGACGAUGGAUGUAUCGAUCAUAUCUGUAUUACCGAUAGAGUAG